UAAUAAUAAUGGUUCCUACGAACUGCAAAAUGUACGCUAUUGCAAGGCGAGCAGCAAAAAGGAACAAGGAGAGGACCGGGAAACAAAAACAGCAGAAUACAACAGUGACAUUUAAGGAUAGUGAUAAAAUACAGGAAGAAUGUGACAAUCUACACGAUGCAGAAAGUACCAAUCAACACGAGGAAAGUAACAAAUUACAUGAGGAAAGUAACAAUCUACACGAGGACAGUAACAAAUCGCACGAGGAAAGUAACAAAUUAUACCAGGAAAGUAACAAGUUGCACGAGGAAAGUAACAAUCUACUCGAGGAAAGUAACAAAUCGCACGAGGAAAGUAACAAAUUACACGAGGAAAGUAACAAAUUACACGAGAAAAGUAACAAAUCGCACGAGGAAAGUAACAAAUUACACCAGGAAAGUAACAAUUUGCACGAGGAAAGUAACAAUCUACUCGAGGAAGGUAACAAAUCACACAAUGAAAGUAACAAAUUACACCAAGAAAGUAACAAAUCACACGAGGAAAGUAAUAAUAAAAAACCUAAAAAUAUUUCGACUUGUAUUUUGGCUGUUGCCUGUUUCAUCCUGUGCGCUCUUCCGGGAAUGAUAUUUAAUGGAAUAAUCUUUUCCCAGGGAAAAAACACGUUCGAUAAAGAUCAUUAUAAAGUGUUUUUGUUGUGGAUAAGAACUCUUAUAACUAUGAAUUCAAGCUUUAACACUUUGGUCUUUUUCUGGAAGAACUCGACACUGCGUAAAGAAGGAAAACAAGUAUUGAAAAAAAUUCGAUAA